AUGAACUAUCGCCGUCUCGCGUACAUAACAAAAGCAGAAGAAAAAAUUAAGAAUAUCAAGGAAGCCAUGGAGGUAUUUGAGAACUGGACCGCGGAAUUGGAGAAGAAUAAAGAAGGGACACAGAAAAAGACUGUCAAGAAAGAUAAAGAAGAUAGUAACGGAGAUGCUAAGGACGAUAGUGAUUCGGAUGUUGAUAUGGAAGAAUCGAAAGAGAAGAAAGUGAAGAAGGAACUUCCUCCAGACACGGUUCCAGGGCUCGGGUUUAAGGAUAAGGAAGCAACAGAUAACACAUUAAAAGAACUCGAAGGCCGUGAUCCCGAUUAUCAAAAGCUAGCUGUCAGAGGUCUUAUUGGAAGAGCAAAGAGAGUUUUGACAUGUACUCGUGACGAGACCAAAAUAGCAAACAUAAAAGAGUCAAUAUCGAUUUUCGAGAAGUUUCUAGAUGAUUUUGAAACUCUACAUUUAAGUAAGCAAAAUAACCCUUACCUACCACUCGGAAUUGUCCGUACUUGCCUCCGCUUGGCCGGAGACAAUGUUACAGAUCAGCAGAAAUCAUUUAUAGACGCCUAUUCAUCAGUGAAUGGUGAAUAUAAACGUCUCCGUACGGUAUUAGAGAAGGAUGAUGGGAAAUCUUGGGAUAUUGUUAGGAAUGCUGCACUCAAAGAUCUUAAAGAAAAGUAUGUGGAUGCGAAGUUGUAUAAAGAAAAUGAUGAACCAACAAACGAACAUUUAGAACUUUUACUAUGGGCAUAUUCGCCUGAUGCAGCUCGUGUCAAAAAGGUGAUACCAGACACAAAAUCUGAGGAAGAAGCACCAAAAGCUAAAGAAAAGAAACAUAAUGAUACUGAUAGAAAGCGGCGACACAGUGAUGAGGAAUCUCCAAGCAAGAAGAAGAAGGAAUAA